CACAGGAGCCAAGCUGAGCCAUGCACCCCCCUGCCAGCUGAUGCAGGCAGCAAUGGGAAUGGACAGAUCCCAUCACACACGGGCUCUAGUCUCUGCACAGCCUGUCUGCGCUUGGGAGCGCAGCCCAGGGGCGCUGUCCAAACCUCUGCGUGGUCUGACUGCUACCAAGGAAAUGCCUCUUGCCCUGGCCCCAGCGGGUGGCUGAGACAACAUCCAAUGCUCUGGCCCAACUCUUGAGGCCAAAUGCUAUGGGUCCAGCUCCACAGCUCAGGGCACAAGCUGGCGUGAGUGCAGCGACAGGAUACGGGCGACAUGUUUUACAUGCAUUUACUUGUGAACAAGCGGGGGCCACUGGCCAAAAUAUGGCUUGCUGCCCACUGGGAGAAGAAGCUCACAAGAGCUCAUAUAUUUGAAUGUAAUUUAGAGAUGACUAUCGAAAAGAUCAUCUCGCCGAAGGUCAGAAUUGCUCUGCGAACCUCAGGGCACUUGCUUUUGGGAGUGGUACGAAUUUAUCACCGAAAGACAAAGUACCUCUUGGCAGACUGCAGUGAAGCUUUGGUGAAAAUGAAGGUGGCCUUUCGUCCAGGACUUGUUGACCUUCCAAAAGAGAACUUUGAAGCGAUUUAUCACUCCAUCACGUUGCCUGAAGACUUCCAUGAUUUUGACACACCACUACCUGACUUGAAUGCUAUUGAUGUUGCUGAACACUUCAGUUUGAAUCAGAGCAGAGCUGAAGACAUCACCCUUACAGAGGACUAUGGAAGGGAUAUACUUCUCUGUGAGGGGAAUUUUGGUGAGGAGACCGCAAUACUAAGGCGUCACAGCUUCUUUGAUGACAGCAUACUAAUGAGUACUAAUAGUCUUUUGGCUGAUCACAACUCUUCGAGCCUCACUGGAGACAAAUCUAGGCUGUGUGAAGAUGCAUAUAUAUUUAAACUUGAUGGUUUUGGAGAUGAAGAGGCUGCUGGGGAUAUGAUUGAUGAUCUGUUGAAAGCUGAGCAAAAUAGCCUAAUUAAAGACCUUCUUGAUCUGGAAGAAGUUCCUUUCUUACAGAAGCUCCCUGGUGACAGUGCAGUGGUGCAUUCCAGCCAUGAAGAGUCCCUACAUGAAGCAGAAAACCAUCCAAUGAGUGAGACUGUACUGUUGCCGGAUGAAGAGGAAGGGUUUGCACUUGAGCCAGUUGAUGCUACAGUUUUCACUGGGCGGAAAGAGAAAAGGAAGAGGAAGUUGCUUGUUGAUGUAGUCAAGGAGCUCAGCAGUAAAACUAUUCAGAAACAGCUUAGCAACUACACAGACACAGAAACUGUGCUGGAUCUUGCACCCCCCACAAAAAAGCUGAUGAAGUGGAAGAAAUCAGGAGGAGUGCAUAAACUUCUUUCCCGAGCUACCGAGCCAUUGAUUAAUGCUGAGCUGCAAAAGUUAUUUGCAAACUGCUUCAAGUAUCAGGGCUUUAAGACUGGAAGAAAGAAUAUAGAAAUGGGAUCUGAAGAACCAGAGAGAGAACAAGAUACUAAAGAGACAUUGGUAAUUGAAGAGUCACUGACUGAAGACCUGAGUUAUUCGCAGGAUGCAGCUCACAGAGAACCCCAGGGACCCAUAAUGGAUGAUUCAUUUGUGUCGACGUUACAGAACAGCAGAAAUGGGACUACUAAUGAAAAGACACAGGAUAUGUUGUCUUCUUUGCCCGAGGCCUGUUCACUGGACAGUGAGAUUCAGCAAGCUGAAUUAACCAACGUAUGUGCGUCUCCUAUGCAGGAGCUAAUAAGGAAUGAUCAAGACAGCGAAGAAAAAAGUUGGAGCAAAAGAACUCUUCAGAUAUUAAAUGCUCUGCAGCACGUCAGCAAUUCAGGAGUGAAGUCCUUCAGCUUGCUGGAGCUCUGUCAGAGCAAUGACCGGAAACGAGUUGCUGCCAAAUUUUACAGUUUUCUUGUUCUAAAGAAACAGUUGGCUCUUGAGCUUUCUCAGAGUGCCCCUUAUGCUGAUAUAAUAGCAAGUAUGGGUCCAAAGUUCAAUACUAUAUGAGACCAUCAAUAACAUUGAACGGCAUUGUAUGCUUAUCGUUCAAAAAAUCCCGAGACAGUAUGGAGGCCACACGGAUUGUGAUGCUUAGACUCCACACCCAUUACACUUAGUGCUUCCUCUCAGGACUGCAUAGAAACUAAAAUUGUGUAGAUAUACAUAUAUAUUCCAUGGUUAUUAGUAGUCAAGAUAUUUAUCAUCAGCUUUGUUUUUCUGGGGGGGUUUCAAACAAAUAUCAUCAAUAGUUAAAUAUGUUGUUAAUGAAGAAUAGCUUAAAAUGGGCAUUCGACAUAGGCAAGUUUUAAAUUUCCUGUUAAUUUUAUUUAUAAAAAAUCCUUCAGAAGUUGAGUAAAACUGGCCUGGAGUCCAAUUUUGGAGCUAGGGAAUAUACUUUUUUAAAAAGUUGAGCCAUAAUUCUUCACAGUGUGUUACUUUUCAAAACUAAAUAAAUAUUCAGUCCAGAUUUCUUAAGAUAAAUUAAUACACUUGAAUGUUUCCCAUGGUAUUAUAUCACUAUACAUGCUCGUAUCUGAUGGCUAUGAAAUCUUGCUGACUAUUGCAAAUAUUCAAUUUAUGCAUGUCUGAAAAUUUCAGGCUCUAUCAUGGGGUACGGUACAUUCUGCUUGCUUCAUAGCAGAAAGCCACAGGUAUUUAUUUGUUAGCUUAAUUUUGAUCUGAAAGCACUGAGAGAGCACACUCUUUUACUCUGGUAAUAAAGUGAUACCUUACACAGCCUUUAUGGGAAACAACUGCCCGUCUUAAAAUUAAAACAUUCUUAGAAGUUAUAUUCAGAUUUUUAUAUUUACAGGUUUUUAUGCCAGCCCAAAAAUAUUCAUAUAGCAUCAGGGAGAUGCAUAGAACUAUGCAAUGUUGCUCACUAAGUAUUUUACCCAAAAAUAAAAUUGUGUUAGAAGAGAUAUUUAUUCUUUAAAUUAUGUGUUGACCUGUUUACAAUUCUGUGUUGAUGUAUUGUGUUAAAUUGAUGUAUUUUUAGCUCAUUGCAACAUCACCUGUCCUUUAGGAUGUUCUGUCACUUUUAUUUCCAUGUUGUACACUGAAGUUUUCUGCGUAGAUAAAUCAGUUACGUUGAGUAUGCUGAAAUGUGAGGGGGCAAUAUAUAUUAAACAUUAAGCAUACAUUUCCUUAGCUUGUUUAGUAUUUGUUCUGAAGAGUCAAAAGUAGCAGAUACUUAACAGAGCUAGGCUGUGCUUUUUGUGGUUUAGCAUCUCCUUGGAUUCCCUUCAUAUUUACAUUCUCUGAUAAAGUGUUUUUACACUUAAUUUUCAGAGUGGCCCUUACAGUUGACAUGCUCUCAGGAAGUAUUCUGGAGAAAAUGUCUUUUGAACUGUCAGUAAUGGAGAAAGUAAGACUGAACAAAUGCUACAGGCUCCUAUUUUAACCCAUCAUGCGUACCUGUAAUGAAAACGUGUAAUUUCAACAAGCGUGGUAUUCAAUUCACAAUGAGCUGCCAUGCAGUCUCCUAGAAUGGGUUGUGUAUCGCAGCAGAAGUGUAAAAUAGAGACCCAGAAAGGUGGGAAUAAACUGAAAAUUAGGAAGGGGAGAGCUUGUUUGGCACCAGCUCAGCAGAUCCCAGCGGGCCAUGUACCUUGUCCUUCAGACAGAUGCAUUUUAGAAAAUAAUAUAAUAUAGACUCCAGUUUGGAUCACGAGGAUCUCGGAUCUGUUCCUCCAUUCUCUUAAGAUGGCCCUCUGUACCCCGGGAAGAGUUCAGGAGAUCCCUGUGCCACCUGUGUUUCAGGCUGUGGACAUCUUAUUUGUUUAGCAGUAAGGCACGCUUGACAUUGAACAGGACACAGAGACAAACCUCAUCCUGCUGAGCUCACAAUCCAGAAGGUAACCAGAGAGGAGACAGGCUAUUGUGGGGAGUCCAGAGGAGGCAAUAACUCAGGGUUGGUUGGGUUUUCUUUGAAAUUGUUCUGUUGCUAUGAACUCACAAUCUGUGACAAUUGCAAGAGAGGAGGUUGACAGCUCGUUCCAAAAGGGCUUUUGAUCAGGUCUUUAUUGUGCAGGUGUGACUGAAGGUAUCAUUUGAAGACCUUGGGGCUUGAUGCAUGUUACCAAGGCUUUAAUUUGCCCCACAAGAAUCUUUUAUUGCAGGGGGAAGAGAAGAAAGAAGGUUUAGAAGGCUAGGAUUUAGGAAAUGAUCUGUUUAUUUGUAAAUUAGGCACAUUUUGUAUGGAGCCCUUGUGAUGCCAUAAAAAUGAAACUCCUUCUACCCUUGCUC